AAUCAAAGUUUUUUUAACAGUACAGUAUUUAGGUUUAGUGGACCAGUGCCGAAUGUCCAGCAUGGACGACGGUCAUUUGCCCCGCAAUCCACUGGUGCGCCGCCAUUGUUGCCACCACAACACAGUGCACGAAAUCAGGUGCAAAAUCGUUCAAGAAAGCGAAAAUUGGCUGACAAACUUAUACCUGUGCAGGUUCGAGAACUUGUACCGGAAUCGCAAGCUUACAUGGACUUGUUAGCUUUUGAGCAGAAGCUUGAUGCGACAAUCACAAGGAAAAAAUUAGACAUACAGGAGGCUUUGAAAAGGCCCAUUAAAGUGAAAAGGCGACUUCGAAUAUACAUCUCUCAUACUUGUAUACCUGGCAAAGAACCCGAGAGAGAAGGUGAUGAAGGUUCUGUUCCUAUGUGGGAAUUGAGAGUUGAAGGACGUUUAUUAGAUGAACCAUCAAGUGCAAACAAUUUGGGAAGUGGAGUUCCUCCAAAUCGGAGUCCACUUAAACGGAAAUUCAGUUCAUUCUUCAAGAGUUUAGUUAUUGAAUUAGACAAGGAGAUUUAUGGCCCUGACAAUCAUCUUGUUGAAUGGCAUCGAACACCUCAAACAAAUGAGACUGAUGGUUUUCAGGUGAAAAGGCCUGGAGAUCGGGAUGUCAAAUGUACAAUACUUUUGUUACUCGAUUAUCAACCUAUGAAAUUUAAAUUACAUCCUCGUCUAGGAAAAGUGCUCGGUAUGGCAACUGAAACGCGACCAAAAAUUAUUGAAGCACUUUGGCAGUAUAUCAAAACGCAUAAACUACAGGACCAAACUGAGCGAGAUAAUAUAAAUUGUGAUACCUACUUAGAACAGAUUUUCGGAGUUAAGCGAAUGCGUUUCAUGGAGAUACCUCAACGUCUACAAGGUUUACUGCAUCAACCUGACCCUUUGGUUCUUCAUCACACGAUUCUUCAUAGUGACGGGAGUGAAAAAAAUACGGCAUGCUAUGACAUUGACGUAGAGAUGGAAGACCCUUUAAAAACGCAGAUGGCUUCAUUUCUUCACAGCCAUGCUAACAUGCCAGAUAUCAGUGCUUUAGACCAAAAAAUUUAUGACAUAGUUGAACAGAUCAAUGAAUGGAAGCUCCGACGAGAUUUUUAUGUUCGUUUCGCUGAUAAUCCUCAAGAAUUCAUUCACAAGUGGUUGAUUUCCCAGAGCAAUGAUUUGAAGACCAUGACAGAAGUGUUCGGAGACAAUGAAGCAGAACGUCGGGCGGAAUAUUAUUAUCAACCACAGAUAAUGGAGGGCACAUUUCGUUAUAUAUAUCACAAAGUGCAACAAAAACGAGCAGAGUUAGAAAGUACAUUAGGUAUAAAAAAUAACUGA